AAGGGUAGGUGACAAAAGCGUGAAAGCUAGCAGGGUGGCGUAUUGUGGUAAUCCAGCGGAGCAUGCGACGUGGAGCAGCAAGUACAAUGAGCAGCUUUGUGCGCAAGGCGGGCGGCGGCGGGCCGGGAGGGCGGAGGGCGGGCGCGCGCUGUCGGCACUCGGCAGCGCAGUCCGCCUCGCGCAGGACGGGAGCGGUGUUCACUCGGCGGCGCGCCGCGGCGCGACAUGCCCAGCUGAUGUUUAUUUAUACCACGAGCUCGGUGGAGGGCGCGCGCGGGAGGCCCUCCCCUCCGCGGCACCACGGUUUCGCGUGAUGCAGCCGAGCGAGCUAGCCGACGCCGCGCCCGCCGCUAGCGGAAACCCCCCGCAGCGUGGCCUCAACGGCGGCCGCUUCGAUUUUGACGACGGCGGAACUUAUUGUGGAGAUUGGGAGGAUGGCAAAGCUCACGGCCAUGGCGUGUGCACCGGCCCCAAGGGCCAGGGUGCCUACGCCGGCUCUUGGCACUUUGGAUUCGAAGUUUCCGGCGUCUACACCUGGCCCAGUGGAAGUUCGUUCGAGGGACAAUGGCAGAACGGCAAACGUCACGGGCUGGGCGUGGAGACGCGCGGCCGGUGGCUGUACCGCGGCGAGUGGACGCAGGGCUACAAGGGCCGUUACGGCGUGCGACAGAGCACCACCAGCAACGCCAAGUACGAGGGCACGUGGGCCAAUGGGCUGCAGGACGGCUACGGCUCAGAGACUUACGCUGACGGCGGAACAUACCAAGGACAAUGGAUGCGCGGCAUGCGGCACGGGUACGGCGUCCGGACCUCCGCGCCUUUCGGGCUGGCAUCGCACUACCGCGGCGGCGCCCGCGACCACCGGGGCUCGAUGUCCUCGCUGGCCGAGGCGGGCACGCCGGACCCCACCGAGCGGCGCACGCAUCGCAUGGACGAGGCGCGCGGCGGCUUCGUCCUCAAGAGCAACUCGGACGAACCUUCGGGUCGCCGCGGAUCCCUCAUCGAGAAAUCAAAGAAAGGACUACUCUCUCCGGUAGCACAAACCGUUAUCUUAGAAGAAAUAGAUGUAGUGAAAAAGUUGCGUAAGCAGCGAAGCGCGGGUGAGCUGGAUAAGAGAGGCACCAGCUCAGUGCGGUCGGGCGGCUCCGGGGGCUCCGCCUCCUCCUGGGUGUCCUCCGUCGAGAGCACCCACUCCGCCAUGACCCACGGCUCGCUGCACACUGACUCUAAUGCUAGUUUCCUCGUUGAGGAUGAACAUUUGGAAGCUGGUGUCACAGAAACUUACAUGGGCGAAUGGAAGAACGACAAACGCAAUGCAUUCGGAGUGAGCGAGCGCAGCGACGGCCUCCGUUACGAGGGCGAGUGGUUAGGCAACAAGAAGAACGGAUAUGGAAUCACGACGUUCCGCGACGGUACCCAAGAACAGGGCAAAUACAAGAACAACGUGCUAAUAACAAGCCAGAAGCGGCGCCACAUGUUCCUCAUGCGCUCGGCGAAGUUCCGGGAGCGUGUGGAGUCGGCGGUCACCGCGGCGCAGCGCGCUUCCAAAAUAGCACUGCAGAAAGCUGACAUUGCGAUAUCCAGAACCGCCACAGCCCGAGGAAAAGCUGAACAAGCCGACGAAGCGGCAGACCAAGCAAAAGAAGACUGUGAUUUAGCACAAAUGACUGCAAAGCAGUUCGCCCCAGAUUUUAAGCAUCCUGGCUUGGACAGAAUAGGAUUAAGAGAUAAAUAUAGACAAAAACAUUACGACUCGCAGGUCACGACGCCUGUUUCACAAGAAUCUGAAAAGAUCUUGGAAGGAAAGAGCAUUCCAAAUCAUAUCCCUCCGAUGCAUUCACAGAUUCCUCAAGCAAACAAAGCUCCUUAUGGAGUGCCCCCGAGACGACCAUCUACCCAGUUCCUGAAUAAACCAGUACAGUCAAUAGAUCCAAGGCUCACAAAUAAUACCAAUUAUAGUACGGACGAUAGAACAAAUUAUUAUUCUGAUCAGGAUCAUUGGCCAAAUACGCAAUCACAAGGACCACAGUAUGGACAUAGUGACCAAACGAGUGGCUACGGCCCGAGUGCACAGUCAGGACCACCUUACCGAGUGCAAAACAGACAAGACACCGUUCAACAACAAUCGGGUAUGGAUCAAAGUAGUCAGCAAUUUAGCAACCAACCGCGUAGAUUUUCUUCGGCGAUGAGACCGGCUCUAAAUCUUAAUCAGAGACCCGGACCACAGGAUUGGAACUCCACACAGGGACAAGGAAUUAGACGGCAAAGCAUUCUAGGCCAGCCUACUCAAAUUGCCCAAGAAGCCCCGUACGGCGACGGAGUUGCGGGCAGUUACGGACGUACCGAGCUCAGAACCGGCACGGUACAUUCAGAAGGGCCACACGAUCGUCUAGGCGGAGACCAUAUGCAAUAUCAUCAAUCCACGGAACCUCAAGGAUAUCAGCAGCCUCUCGACCAUAGACAACAAAGAGAGGGUUCAAUGUACCGCCAAGCCAGCUCCGAGCAACCGAUGUACAGACAAGCGACGGCCCCAAUGGACGACGUGGCCAACGGGCCUCGGGACCCGCGGCAAGCGGGCCGAACAUCAAUUGACUACUUUGACCAUUAUAAAAGACCGCCGAGUAGAGAUUCGAGCGUGGAUCGCUACGGGCGUCGAUCGCGGCAGCCUUCAGUGGAAGCGACCGCGCCCGCCAGAGAGUCGAGAGGCGGGUCGACGGCGCCGCAGCAGCCCGCGUCGCGGGCGGCCACGCCGCAGCAGCCCGCCUCGAGGGCGGCCACGCCGGCGGCCGGCAACGGCCACUUGGCUUCGGGCCGGGGCUCGAUAUCGCGGGAAACGCCAUUCGAAGAGUCGCUUAUGAGGAAACGAACAUUGGGGCAAGAUAUAUCACCCUCGCCGUAUCAACCGAAGAGGACGGAGAGUUUGUGCAUGACGCCGGCUCCUGCGCCGCCCCCGCCCGUGAUGAGAGGAGGCGGCGGCGGCGGCGGCGGCGGCGGUGGCGGCGGCGGUGGCGGACGAAAGAUGUUAAGCACGCCUCAGACGCUCCAACGCAAGAAGUCCCUCCCAGACGUGGCGGGCAUGCCGCAAGCACCUAACAGCGGCAUGUCCCGCGAGGAGGUCUCCAUGCUCGGCUCCGCGCGGCGCGAGGAGGUGCGCCGCAUGUACGAGGAGUCGGAGAAGCUGAGAGCCAACCCUCUGCUGUACUUAGUCAGUCCGCAAGUCAAGGACUGGUUCUCGCGGCAGCAGCUGGUGAUCCUGGUGUUGUUCAUCAACAUCUCGCUGGGCAUCAUGUUCUUCAAGCUGCUCACGUAGCGGCGGUGGCGGCGCGUCGCGCCCUCUCCUCAGCGCAUAUGCGACCAUUGUAUAAAUGUGUAACACAUUUUCAGUUACUGAAAAAUAGCCAAACAUUUAAUGUUCAAAAGUGUAUACAUUUUAUUACCUACCCGAGCCUUAAUUUGAUACGAGUUUUUGAAACAUCUAAAAUAAAUACGUAUUUACUUGUAGUCAAUAAGGACUUCGGUUUGCUAGUGUAUUUUCUUUGAAGUCGUGUAAGUGUAGUACGCGAGCGGGCGGGCCGCGGGCCGGAGCCCCGCAGCUCCGGCCCGCGGCCCGCGGAGUGAUGUCUACAGUCGGGGAACUUGGACUUGGUAUACUUUAAGGAGCACGAGAUUAUAUAUGUACGAGUACUUAAUCUUUUUCAGCCUGCAUAUUGUAGGUUUUAGUAAUCUUCUGUAGUAACUGUAUGCUUAAAAACUAUUGUAAAAAGAACAAUUUUAAUUAUAUUUACAUUAAAGACAAGUGACAGUUAUAAAAGAAAUAGACAUUCACCACGCAUAUGUGCUUUACAAAUCUGAAUUUACUUUACUUGUUUUUUUUUAUAGAUCAACUCUUUACAUUUAUCCGACUAAUUGAUAAUGUAAUCCCAAAUUUUAAAGUCUAUUAUACAAUUUAUGACUAUUAGUGAAAUUAUAAAACGUGGUGCUUUCAUAAAACUAUGUGCCCUAUAUUGAUAAUGAUGCUAAAUUCAAUUUUAUUAUACCUCGAAAGGUAAUCUGAAAAUAUCUCUUGGUAAAUAGAAAGCAGUCCAAAGGGUUGUUAGUUCACGUACAAUUAAUGUAACCUGAGUGGUUGUUAAAGCACAAAUUAUACUAAGUACCUACUUACAUGGAAAAUGUUAAUAAUAAAUUAUUAAACUUUUUAGAUUAAAACAGAUUUAAAUAUAUUAUUUUGCUCGUUAUAAUAUUCUGGAAGUAAUGUUACCUUUAUGAACUUUUUUGUUUUAAAACUAUCCUUUUAGAGAUUUCAACUUUUAUGUUAACUAGUUGAAUUAUAUAUAAAAAGUAAGUCUUUACUUUCAAUGUAUAUGACGUCAAUUCUCGUAAUCGAAAAGUUGUAUAGAUAGGUACGUAUAUUGUAUAAAAUAUUGUUCCCUCGUUUCUGUGACAAGGGGCAAGUGUGCGCAUGAGCACGCAUGUGUGCGUGCGCGAGAGACUGUUGAGGGUUGGGUUAUCGGCUACCGAACUAACUUUUAUCACGUAC